AUAAUCUCAAGGAGCAAAAUCUCCAGAGUUGAUAUGCUAUUAAGGAAAAGGACAGACUUAUUGUCUAUAAAUAAGAGGUCAGUGAUAAUCAUGUGUUUCAGCCUAAAUAAGUGUUAUCAGUAUGACAUUGUCCUACCUACAUGAGCCAAUAGCCAAGGUAUGCACGCGUCAGCAGUUAUCUCCAGUAGCCAAGCGAUUCUACCCCCACUAUACAUGAACUUUGAAAUGAUGUAUGAUUGGACACGAUUAAAGAGCAGCUGCUGCAACAGUUCAAGUUUACCAUUUUCAAACUAAGAAAAUAAGCAUUUGGUUGGAUAAAUAUGAAGUCUAGUGGUGAUCAUUGUAUUAUUUUGUCUGAUUCCAGUUCUGAGUGGAGUUCUCUACCUGAUUUAACAGAGCUUUCAGAUACAGAGGAUCUGUUUCUGCCGGGAUUUAACCAACCAAAAUCUUGUACAGGGACUAAAAUUGAUCCUGACUUUGUAAUAGAAGUUGAUGAUGACUCUGAUAAUCAAGAAAAUGAUGUUAUUUUGAUUGAGGAUACAAAUGAUGACACCAAAAAUUCUUUUUGUGCAGUACCAGAAAGGAAACCCAACACAAACUGUGUAGCAGAUGUUUAUGUUCCAAGACGGAAAAUCAAAAAAUGUUUGUUUGUUCCUUAUUUAUUUCAGUCUCCGUCAACCGAUGUGAUAAAAUAUGGUAAAAGCUUACAACUUCAGUCUUUGUUGUCUAUGACACUUAUUUGUUCAUACGUUGAAGAAGGGACUGCAUUUGCCAAUUAUACAGCUUAUAUUACCGAUGUUUUAUAUAACUGCAAACCUGAUAUUUCCAUUUCCAAAAGCUUAUUUAAAUUACUUAUAUCAAUCAACUCCGAUAAAUCUCACAAAAUGAAUGAAUUUCUUCAUUUGUCUUCUUCUGAAACCUGUCGACUUCUUAAUGUUAUUUGUCACCGUUACCCAGAAAACAUCAGGUUCGUCUGGUCUGAGUUUUUAGAGAUAGCAAAGGAGACACCAAUGUCAUUAAUUAACUUGUUUUUUGUUGUUGAACUUUCUCUGAGUGUUUUUGAGUCUGAGCUGAAUGAAAUUAUUUCCUCAAAAACCACUGAAACAAAAAAAUUCCAGACUUAUAAAAUACUUGCCAAUGAAGAAGCUCAUUCCUCUGUUAUGUGCAUAAUUACAAUGUUGAAGUAUUCUUUUGAUAAUUUACAAGAAGGAAGUUCUGAUGUGUUAGAAAUCCUAAUUCAUAAGUUGCAAAAAUUACUAGAAAUUUCUGUAUAUAUUAGUUGCAAAAGUAUUUCAAUGGCUGAACAUAUUGCUAAACAUCUUGUCAGUUUAUACAAUAGCCUUCCUCAGUUAAAAUAUCGUAUCAAAUUGAUUAGAUCUAUCAAAUCAGAGUUGAUACGAUUUAAAAUGCUGGAAACUAUUUUGGUAUUGUAUUAUGAUAGCAUAACGUUACAAUGGGAUGAAAUGCCCGUUUCUUUUACUAGUCUAGCAGAAUGUUUCUUUCAGGCCCUCCCACGGAAAAAUUUUAUGCUUAAUACUAAAAGCGACGCCGAAGUUAUAUCAUACCAUGAACUAUCUUGUGAAGAACUUAUCAUGAUCAUAUAUUACACAGUCAACAGCUAUAUCCUUUAUUUACAACGUUCUGAGCUAAAUCCCUCUUCCUCAAUUGAAGAGACAGCUGAGAAAAGGUUGCAGUAUUACUUAGGAGGAGUAUUUUCACAUAUUGAACUUCUUAAGAUACACAUGAAAGACUUGAACUCUAAAUUUACUGAAAACACAAAUUCGUACUUAUUAAUGAUGGACCAUAUUACCGACCUUCUUAAUGAAGAUGUGAUUCUAUCUGCCUUUUAAUUAUUGUAUAGCUAAUUUCUUUUUCAUAACAUAUAAGUUUCUGGUAAAUGAUAUUGGUGAAUAACAACAAUCUGAAUAAUAUAUAUCUAUAUUGUUGAUGUCAUAAGUAUGAUGUAGAUAUACAGACACAUACAUAUAUAAGAAAAGGAAAGUAGUUAGGAUCUGGAUAAAAGCUAUUUAGCAUGUUCAUCCCUUUUAAGGGAUUCAUCCAUAUAUAUAUAAAUUUCAUUUAUGUAUAUAUAUGAAUUUCAGCUGCUGUGAAACAUGGGAUUAAGAAACCUAGAGUAGAGCUGGAGUGAAGCUUCAGCUUCAAAUAUAUGAAUAAACUCUACUUCAUGUAUUAAGUAAUCUUUAUUGUUAGCUCCGUUUACUUUAAGGCCUUUUGAUUACAGGUUUUGUUUCUAUGCCUGGAAGUUCUCCUUUAAAUCUUCUACAGAUUCAGCUAUAAGAACCAGCUCAUCAGCAACAUAAGGGUUUGCAUGGGCAGCUAGUCUUCAACUCCUGUGACAUGACUCUUAUCUGUUAUUUCCCCACUAUGUGACAAUCAGGACUGACUUAAGUGACCUUGAAUGUUUCUCAAACUUAUCAAGAGGUUUCUCUCACUUCACUUUCUGGCUCAGAGGAAAGGGCAGUCUUGCUGUUGAGUCUGUUUAAGAUGGACUUUCUCUCUCUCUCACACACACAUUUUCCACACUGGAAAGCCUCUUUCUUUUUGGUGUCAAUAAGAGCAAGUGCACCAUUAUCAUUUCAUACAUACUUCUCAACAUCGUGAUUCUUACCUGAGAGAGACAAGGUGGGGUUGUUAAGUGUAUCAAUAAUGCUAUAUUCAAAAGCCUUAAUAGAGUCUCACUCCAUUUGUUGGUUUGGUAUAUAGCAGUUGUCUUCUUGUGAUCAUGUCCUUGGAGACUGGUGUUGUUUUUUGUACUGACAAUGUAUUCCCAAUUUAAUCACCAACAUCAAGUAGAACUGGUUUACAUUAUCAUCAGUAGCAGUUCCAGCUGCCUUCAUAACCUAAACACCACUAGCUAACACAUUGCUGUCACUUGAUUGGCUGGUCAUUCUUUUUAGUGUAUUUGAGGAAGACCUCUCUUUGUUGUGUUGCUCUCAUCCAUCAACCUCUUUUAAUAGCACUUCUGUGCUUCUUUCAGCACCACUAAGAGUAAAUCUCCCAUUAUAUUUCUGUAUACUCUUCUCCCGAUUUUUUCUUGCCUACUGCCUUGCAAUCCAUAAUAACUAUUUGAAUAAAUAUUUGGCAAAGGUGGAAACAGGCUUGUCACUCAAAUAAAUGCUACAGGAAGCUAAAGAACCCUUCACAUGGUCAGAGAUUUAGGGACAUCCUCAUCAAGAAAUUUUGAUGAGAAGGAGGAGGAGCUUCAGACAUCGGACAUAGAAGGUAGCAAAAGUUAGAAUCAAAGA